AUGGCGAUUACUGCGACAAGACUGGUCUCUCUCACACUCUUGUGGAUCGUCGUCCUCUUCGUCACACUUGCUCUAAUACAGGUUAAAUUGACUGAUGUUGCGGAUCCUACUGAGAAGAUUGCUGAUGCUAAGCUCAAUCAGGUAGGAGAUGAUUUAGAAGGAGUCACGCAUAAAGUUUACUUUGAUAUUCAGAUCAAUGGUUCACCUGCAGGACGCAUUCUCAUUGGUCUUUUUGGGAAGGUAGUUCCUAAAACUGCAGAGAACUUUCGAGCACUUUGCACGGGAGAAAAAGGAGUUGGAAGCAUGGGGAAACCUCUUUACUUCAAAGGAAGUAGCUUUCAUAGGAUCAUUCCUAGUUUCAUGAUUCAGGGUGGAGAUUUUACACGAGGCGAUGGGCGAGGUGGAGAGUCAAUCUAUGGCGAUAAAUUUGCUGAUGAAAAUUUCAAACUAAAACACACCGGCGCAGGAGUUUUAUCAAUGGCGAAUUCGGGACCAGAUUCCAACGGUUCACAAUUCUUCAUCACAACAGUCACCACGGGUUGGUUGGACGGACAUCACGUUGUGUUUGGAAAGGUAUUGUCUGGCAUGGAUGUAGUACGGAAGAUCGAAGCGCAGGGACAAGACAGUGGAGAACCUAAAGGAAAAGUUAUCAUUUUGGACAGUGGAGAGUUAUCUUUGUAA